AGGAGGGAAACACCAGCUUGGCUGUCUGCAUCUUUCACACUUAGUGCGUCUGUAGGAAACACACCUUCACAGAUAACAGGUGUGAAGUCAGAUCCACUAUAGGCGACGGAGACCAUCAGCAGUAAAUCAAAUCAAAAUGAUUUUUCUAAUGGACCUCCAGAUGAUGCUGCUGGAUGUUAUUUACUUCAUCCUGCGCAACUCUGUGCGGGCCGUCCUGCGCCCACGCACCAAGCCCAUUGAUAGCGAGCUGGUGCUGAUCACAGGCUCAGGUGGAGGCCUGGGUCGUCUCUUUGCUCAGGAAUUCACCAAGCACGGGGCAGUGGUGGUGCUGUGGGACGUCAACAGCAGCGCCAACGAGCAGACAGCCAAGCUGGUGCGUGAGAUGGGGGGUAAGGCGUACACGUACACGGUGGACGUGACCAACAGGGAGGAUGUGUAUCGCAACGCAGACCUGGUGCGCAAGGACCUGGGCCGGGACGUGACCAUGCUGGUGAACAACGCCGGAGUGGUGGCUGGGCAGCGCAUGUUAGACUGUCCUGAUGAGCUGAUGGAGAGGACCAUGAAAGUCAACUGCCAUGCCCUCUUCUGGACAGUGAAGGCCUUCCUCCCUCAGAUGAAGGCCCAGAAUCAUGGACACAUCAUCACCAUCGCCAGCGUCCUCGGCCUCUUCAGCACAGCUUGUGUCGAGGAUUACUGUGCCAGUAAGUUUGCUGCAGUGGGCUUCCAUGAGUCUCUGGCCCACGAGCUGCUGGCUGAGGAGGUUGAAGGAGUGAAGACGACGCUUGUGUGCCCCUAUAUCGUGGACACAGGCAUGUUUGAAGGCUGCAAGAUUCGGGAAGAAGUGGAACUGCUCCUUCCCCCUCUGGAUCCUCAGUACUGCGUCGAGCAGGCCAUGAACGCCAUCCUGAUAGACCAACCCUUAGUGUGCAUCCCUCGCCUCACAUACCUGCCUGUCAUCUCCAGAGCAUUGUUGCCAUGGGAAUCCAACGUGGUCACGUAUCGUUUCAUGGGGUCCGACAAGUGCAUGUACCCCUUCAUUGACACCAAGAGGAAGCAAGUGUCUAACGCUGCCAUUGCAGUUGCAUAAUCGUACCUGAGUACAGUUACGACUACUGUAGGGAGUCUAAACCUUAAAAUUAAAAUGCCAUUCGCCAAAAAGACAAAAAAAAAGAAGAAAAGUAAAAAGAAAAGAAAAAUCCCUCUGCUUGCAUGGACAGCAGCGAGCCAAACUGCCCAGCUACUGCCAGGAUUCAAUAACAUACAGAUGAUCAGAGGUAAUGCAGAGGCCAGAUGGAGGGGCUUUAGAUCUUUACAGUGAUCAGUCAGAGGUGUGUACCAGAUGACGACUCAGCCAAGUGUUCAUCAGCACCCUAAAACAUUUCAAUAAGAUCAAGUUUAAAGUCCCUUCAAACUCACCAAACACCUGUGAAAUGACUUCAUACUGAGAGUGACUGAAUCCUGGACUGGCCAAAAGGGGAAUGUGAGUGUCUUUAAUAUCUGUAACUUAAUAAUGUACCAUAAUAUUGUGCUAUAUUAUGUUUACGUAAAAUAAAAUAACUGAAAACU